ACUACCACCACCAUUCCUCGGCAGACGUUGUUCAACGCAGACGUCCCACACACCCCCACCCACCGCACCGCCCUUUUAAAGAGGCUCGCUCGUUAUCAAGCCUCCACAAACGAUUUAUUUGCCUCUGACGUUGGUCGUGAUUAUACCUACACACACGCAUAUAUAGUGUGUGUGCGCACAUAUAGUGUGUGUGUGUCAGGCGCGAUGCCCAAGUUGUCCGAACGUUAUUGUCUCUCUUAACGGGGGUUGGUUCAACUCAUCUUGACAAGUUCAAAUGAAGGAAGAGAUAAUGUAUGAGCUAUGUGACCACAAGAUGUACAUGCAUGUGCCGUGCAACACGAGACGACAGAGGAAGAAUAAAGAGAAGCGAUGGCUGAUGACUUUCCUUCUGGUGGUGGGACUGUUGCUGGUGGGCGCCUUCCUUCUGCUGCCACUCUUCUGGGAUUCGGAAAGCCAGGGCCAGUCUGAGUUGUCGGAAGGGGUCAUCGCAGUGUGUGAGGACUCGUGCAGUGCCUCGCUGAUGGAGAGCGUUCCUGACGGCAUGGCGUACGGCCCCAACGCGUCCAUGCUGCUGUCACUGCACCCGGGGUGGACGCGGCUCGCUCGCUCGGCCCAGCGCACGCUGCAGGUGGCCUCCUUCUUCUGGACCCUGACGGCCAGCGACCUCGGCCUCAACGAGAGCAGCGCGCGAGAGGGAAAAGACCUCUUGGAUCUGCUGCUAUCGCUGCCUUCCAAGGGUGUAGCGGUUUCAGCCGUGUCUAGCAACAGCAUCGUUUCCGAAAGCACCGACUUUGCUAACCUCACAGCCGCAGGAGCGCAGACCCGCGUGGUGGACAUGUACCGACUGACAGGAGGGGUCAUGCACAGCAAGAUCUGGGUGGUCGACAGGAAGCACAUCUUUAUUGGGAGUCCGAACAUGGACUGGCGAGCCAUCACCCAGGUGAAGGAGCUGGGAAUUGCCAUCUACAACUGCAGCUGCCUGGGAGAGGACCUGGCCAAGGUGUUUGAGGUGUAUUGGCUGCUCGGCCGCCCAAACGCCACCAUCCCAGCCCACUGGCCCGCAAACCUGAGCACCACCAUCAACAAGGAGAAGCCACUGCAAGUGCGCCUCAAUGGCACGCCCACCGAGAUAUACAUCUCUAGUUCUCCGCCGAGCCUGUGUGCCACGGGGCGCACCUCCGACCUCGAUGCCAUCUUGAGCGUCAUCGACUCCGCCCGGACGUUCGUGCACAUCGCCAUCAUGAACUACUUCCCCAUCAAGGAGUUCCACACGCUUCCCAGGUACUGGCCGGCUAUCGACGAGAGGCUGCGCCGCGCGGCCUACGAGCGGCGCGUCCACGUGAAGCUGCUGGUGGGCUGCUGGCACUACACGCGCACCUCCAUGUUCAUCUUCCUGCGCUCGCUGCAGGCGCUCUCCGACAACUCCACGGGCUGCGACGUCGAAGUGAAAGUCUUCAAGAUCCCAGUCGACGAGCACCACAAGUCUAUUCCUGCCACUCGUAUUUACCACCACAAGUUCAUGGUGACUGAAAACACGGCUUACAUAGGAACAUCCAACUGGGCGGAGGACUACUUCAUUGACACGGCCGGGGUCGGUCUGGUGAUGAACGAGACCAAAGCCAAGCUCGGCGCAACUCAGGGACCUGACCAGGCUCCCUCGGGGACAGUUCGGGACCAGCUGGAGGCUGUGUUCUCCCGGGACUGGGACUCUGAGUACGCCCACAAACUGACCUCACGCUGGGCCAUGCAGAACAUAUGUCGCUGAGCGUUGAACACGAGGAAUCGGCCCUCCAGGGCAAGGGGAUUUCUUGCCGAAAAAUCAACACGUGAAUGGACCAAUGGAAUGUGUGGUUGAAAUUAAGUUUUGUUAACUCAUGGCAUAUCUUGCGUUUGACUCCAUUUUGACACUUAAAUUUGGUUUGGUCACGCUCAUUGUCUGCAGUCUCACCUGAUUGACAAUGAAGAUUUAAUGCGUGAAAUUGAAAUCAAUUUGGAAGAAUUUUUUACUUUAAAAAAAUCCAUCGAAAAAACAACACGUAAUUUUCCUUAUCAAGACCUUUAAAAUUAAACAAGUGAUUUGACUUAAGAGCAUGCCUGCUACUUGCAUAUGGUACAUAGCGUGGCACAUUGGUAAAAUGUGGUUAAAGAGUAUAAUAUCCACAGUGCAGUGUUUUUUCUUUAAAUCGCGCACAAAUAUUCAGAAUGACAACCGUAUGAUGAUUUAAGAAUGGACAAAACAGCUCACGGGUAAAGGCGCUGAUUCUUAAAGCGGUGAUCUAAUUAAACUUGAAUUCAAAAAUAUGUUUUUGUUGUCACUGAAUGUGGAAAACCAAUCACUGUAAAUGAAGCAGGCUGAUUGCUAUCGUGUCCACUAUAUUUUAUGUUAAUUACGAAUGCAAUGACGCAUUUAAAACACUCAUUACAAAGACCAAUUUGCUCAAUCUUUCGAUUAUCUCUCUGAAUUCAAGAGCCUCACAAUAUGAAAUUUGGAUUCAACCUCAAAUGGUAACAUGGUACAGCUUCAUGGGACACAACAAUGAUCUGGCCAAAUACUUAUCUGGGAAAUUGUAAAAAAAAAAUACAGACCACUGGAUUUGGUGCAACAUCGUAUCCCAUGAGUAUACCAUCACAAGUUCACUGGGUGAGCCAAUUUAAACACGGCGAGCUGCAUAUGUAAGGGGUUGCAUUUUUUCCCCUACUUUUCCAGUACGGUAUAUGUCGCUGUUGAUGUUUAUAAAAUAUGAAUGUCGAUGCAAAAGAUUAUUUUGGUUAAUGCAGAGUAACAGUCCCAACGAGGGGCAGUAUAGUUGUCUCAGCUCAGUAUGCGUUUGCCUUGUAGGCGUUCUGCUGGUUGAGGAGAGAGGACUUUUCCAAGACAGAAAUUGAGAUGCACAGAUGUACUUUGAACGAGAGUGUACAGGAUCCUCUCUGGAGUAUUCCACUUAGUCCAGGGGUCGGCAACCUUUCAUAGAAGAAGAAGGACGUUGUUUUGUUUUUGACUUUGACCAAAAUAGUUCGAGAGCCGCAUCACACGCACAGCUACUUGUAUACAGCAGACGACAAACACAUUCUGACUUAAAUAAACAAAAUAAGUGACGGAA